AUGGCUGGCCAUGGCUACUUGGCUGCUGGCCUUCUUUCGCUUUUGCCGGGCGUGAUGCUGGCAGCAUAUGUUGGAACGAGCAAAGUAUUCCGCAAGGGAAUGUCUCCAAGUGAAGCGUGGUUGUGUUGGAGUGCCAUGUUGGCUUCUAUCUCCUUGCCCCUGACUUGCGGUUUCGUGGGCCGUCACAAAAGGAGGUCGUCGCUGCUGGCCGAGUUUGACACCACUAACCUGCUGGAUGCAAGCAGCAGGAGCGACUGGGGCUUUUGGAUCGUGCAGCUCCAUAUGCCGCGGCCUACAGGAGGCGGCAUUUUCCUUGCCGCACUUGUUGAAACGUUCCGCCCUGGCAGAUUUUCCUUCGCCGCACUGAGUUGGGUGUACUUGAUGGUGCUGAUUUGCAGUGUGAAGAUUGACACGUCAGCAGGAUUGGAGCACACCAUUACAAUGACGAGCAUGGAGACCAGCAGGCAUUAUGUCUUCACCCAAAAUGCCUUGAAGCGGGGCCGGGAGCAGCGAGAAGCGGCUGCAGUCGGCCCCAUUGAAGGAUGGCCGAGCAGCGUCCUCGAGUGGACCGAUGAGAAGCAGCGGCUAAAAGCAGAGAUCCGCAAGCUGGAGGAGGCUCUGGCAAAGCUGGACGGUGAGAACCGCCGCUUGGUGGAUCGAAAUGAAGAGCUACAACUCGCCUACGACGAGGCAGACCGUGAUGCCCGUGAGGCAGAGGUGCAGAUCGCCGCGCUGAGACAGUACGAGGCGGAAUUUGACAAGCGGGUCACCUCCAUGCUGGAUGAGAGAGACGAGGCGCUGGCUGCUGCCACGCGCGACAAGGAGGCGAUCCUACUGAAGGUCAAGGAGCUACAGGAGGAGCUCGCGCUCGCGAGGCGCAGCGUCCCCGGCGAGGCUGCAGAUGCGGCCGAGUUGGCGCUGAUGCUCAAGGAGCGGCAGCUGGAGAUCGAAGACCUCCUGGACGCUUGGAUGGCCUGGCAUGAUCGGAACGAGGAGCUGGAGCACGACCUUGCCAAAGCUCGCGAGGAGCGGCUCCGGCAUUUCAAGGCGGACGCCCUGGAGAAGGAUCAGCGCGUGCUGGAUGCCGAGAAGAAGCUGGAGCAGCUGGCGAGGAGCCUCGGAGCGGAGGGCGUCGUUGCGGAGAACCGGGAGCUCUCCCGGCAGAAUGCAGAGAUGAAGCGCCAGGUUGGCGAGGCCAAGCGAGACCUUGCCAACUACCUCUCGGAGGCAGCCAACAUUGUGUACGAGAACGACCUUCUACGCAGCAUUGCCAAUGUGAAGCCAGAGCAGCUCAAGUUAAAGGACUUCAAGCUGAAGGCGAAACAGAUGGAGAAAGAGGUGGCAGAGCUGGAAGCCGAACGUGGCAAGCUGAAGGCUCGGCUGCGGCAGCUGUCCGAGCUCGCAGCAGAGAAGGUUUCUUUGCUCCACAACCUGCAGCCGGAGCAAAUGCUGCAGUUGGAGGAGAUCGCAGCUCGGAUGCGAAAGGGAAAGCUGGAGUUGCCCUUGGACGAGAGGGACGAGCUCGCAAAGCGGCUCGCUGCGAAGGACCGGGAGGUGGCGGAACACGUGGACAGGAAAGUGGAGGAGGUCCUGAAGAAGCAAGGCGCAACCAAGGACCUUGAGGCAAAGGCGGCAGCUCUGGAGAAGGACAAUGAGAUGCUCCAGUCAUCGCUGGAGGCCUACAAGGCAGGAUACGCCGAGCUAGUCAUGCAGCAGGGCCCGCAAGCUCUGGAGCAGCUGGUCGGAAGGCUGCCUGGUUCCGUGCCGCUCCCCCCAGGCGGCAUGGCGCGGUCUCUGCGGCUGCCCCCAGGGGUCACCCCGCCUCCGCCUGCUCCGGCUGGCGCCCAAGGUCCUGCCGAAGAUGCCAGGGAUGCAGCCGAUGGUAUGGUCAUCUCUCCUGCAGGCGAGGUCUGUUCGCUCUAUUGCCAAGUGGUGGAAGCUUUGGAGGAACUCUCCCGCGAGCGCUCUCUGCGCGAGGGUCUCGCAGAGGAGGUCUCAUCGUUUCAGCAGAGGUUUGAUCGUCUCCUCGCCGAGCAAGAGGACUACUUUGCACAGCGGGAGGAGUGGCUGGUGACUGGGCUGGAUUUCAACAACUUUUGUAUGUUGGACUGCCAACAAAAGUGCGAGAUCCAAGAGGGCCAGAUGAGAACCUGGAGCCUCCGCUGCACCGGUGUAAGGCAGCGUCUGGCUGAAGGGGCGGCGCCCGAGCUUCAAGAGGAGCUUGUUUCUGCCAUGGGCCGCAUUGCGGCGCUGGAGCAAAACGAAAGUGCCGAGGGCCAAGACAAAGUUUUGACUACUGUUCUCUCACGCAAGGUGGAGGCUGAAAGACAGGGACACAGCAUUGUGAAAGAGGCCUUCGACAACUUGCAGAAAGACUGCUGCGAGCGAGAAGGCACUGCGCGCUUCGUGUGCUUGACACCUCAAGCCACCCAGGUCCUAUGGAAGAGGCGGGGAGCGAAUGCCCUGCGCAUCGCUCGCCGGAAGAUCCAGUCCAUGGUGGAGCCUCGGGAAGCGAUUAGGGCAAACACAGGGCUUCGAAUUGCAGAGUUUUCUAUCGUGUACGAUGAUAUCCAGAGGGGCUUCGCAGAAUGUUUUGUGGAGUUCGGCAGAAGCGGGGGUUGGUGCUCCUUCCCAUGGAUCCACCGCACGAAGGCCAGCUCCGACUACGAGCGCGUACAGCAGCAGCUUCAGGCUGGGCCCUUGCCCACGCCGCACACCGUGUACUUACAUUCUCUCGCACUCUGGGAUAAGCGACGCCCAGGUGUGCCGCCAGCGCGAGUUCGACCUCUCCAGGAGGCAGACGGAGCUGACCUUGAAGGUGGCCCAGCAGGAAGACAAGCUGAGGGAGAUGAUGGACCUUCAAGAUCGCUGCAGGAGCUUGGAUCACCUUGUCCGGGAGACAGAGCAGGAGUUCUGCAGUGCACCCUUCAACUCGAUUCGCGAGAAUUCUGCUCGCGAACGUCGGCCUCUCGGAUUCUUUCAGAAUAUCGCAGCUUUGGCAGAGGUGGCGCUCUUCACGCGCCUGACGGCGGAGCUGCAGCGGACCCUUGGCUUCGUGGGCAGCUUCGAGGCUGCAGCGAGAGCUCUGGGCCUUGCCGAGGCUCGCGUCGCAGGUCUGGGCUUCGAGGUGGGCGAGCCAAACAGCGAACUCGCUGGUGCGGCCAUCAAUGUCGAAGCUUCUUUAGAUGA